AUGAAGGCAGCCACCAAAUGCACUUGCACCAGAGAACAAGGACCGGGUGUUUACCCAGGUAUGUUCCCAAAGGUGUCAGGUUAUCCUCACCUGCACGAAACCGCGUGUUGGCUAUCCCUCAACCGCAACCUCUUCGGCUGGACACGGUUUAUGCAGCCACUUCGCUGUGCAUCAAGAUGGGUGUUAUUGAUGGUGGUAAACUCUCACUGCGAAAGAUGUGGGGUCUGCUCAUACCAGUUUCAUUGUUCUUGCUCCGAAGCCUACAAAGCCGGCGUUUCCUGCGUGCACUUACAUGCUGUAGCAACUUUUGGUGGAAGAAGCGAAACACCGCUGUUGCGUGAGAGUGCAAAUGAUGACAAUAGCAAAGCCGGGUCGGAAGGCACUGGAACCAUAUCUUCAGAAAGCAUAGACAUUGCGGACGAAGGAGCUAAUGAAAAUGAGGAACCAAGAGACAUACUAGAAGAAGAUAGAACAAAGCAGGCGUAUCAGCUUGUUGAGGGGAGAAUUUCCCAUCUUUCGGAGUUGAUGCGAUGUUGUCGUAGAGAAGAACAGUACGAAGUGUUGGAAGAGCGUGCAAAUGCGCUUCAGGAAGUCAUCAAUCUUAUGCCUUCAAACCUUGGUUCCUUUUCAAGACGGCAAGAAAUGCAAACCACGGGAUCGGGGCCCAGACCCAAGCCCAUACAAUUCAAAAGCAAGAGUCUGCUUAAGUUUGCCUUUGCUAAUUUGGAACGUGCAGCCUGGACAGCCCGUAUGCUUCAGCCUUGA